CAAAUGGGGCGCACCAUGCGGCUUGACCGCUGAACAGACGCUGACAAUGUUUUCAACUAAAGAAUACCUUCAAAAAAAGACGGGUCCUUAUGGAAUUGGGCGCCUAAGCUUUCUGCAGUCGCUUGUGACGGAAUUUCAAGACUCAUCAAGUGAUGAUGCCAAGCACCAGGUGUUAGCAAAUUUGGCAAAUUUUGCUUAUGAUCCUGUCAACUACGAAUUCAUGUGGCAGCUGAAUGUAGUCGAUCUGUUUUUGGAUACACUAGAAGAGUCUGAUGAGACACUGGUUGAGUUUGCAAUUGCUGGUGUAUGCAACCUGUGUUUAGAUAAACAGAAUAAACAGUUUAUUUUGAAGAAUGAUGGUGUACGUCUGGUGUUAAGAUGUUUAUCCAGUCCAAAUGAAGAAGUCGUCCUGUCUGCCGUUACAACUCUCAUGUUUUUGGUGACACCAGAAUCAAUAGCAGAAAUUACAAGCCUGCCUGUAGUGGAGUGCAUGCUGAGGUUUUCCCAUUCCUUGAACAAAAGACUAUCCAACUUAGCAACAGUAUUUUUAAAGGAUUACUGCAACAAAGACCAAAUUGAGAAUGCUCAACAACUACAGAGACAGGGUAAAGGGUCAGAGUUCACCACAAGGUGAUGCAGAUUGUAAUGAAAUAAAAUCCAGCCUUCUGUAGAUGUGUAAAGUACGGUACCAAGGCAUUUUGUGGAAUGAUAAGAACAGAUCUGUAAUACAUCACUGUGUGUAUGAGUACUGAGGCUGUUGAUAGGAUGGGAGACUGUGUGAUUGUAAGAACCAGUGGGUCAGUGAUAACAGAGAACAGAUCUGUAAUACAUCACUGUGUGUAUGAAUACUGAGGCUGUUGAUAGGAUGGGAGACUGUUUGAUUGUAAGAACCAAUGGGACAAUGGCCAUAAGAAAAAGAUCUGUAAUACAUCACUGUCUGUUGAUAGGUAGGGAGACUGUUUGAUUGUAAGAAUCAAUGGGACAGUGCCAUAAGAAAAAGAUCUGUAAUACAUCACUGUGUCUGUUGAUAACAAUGACAACAGAGCUCUAGUAUCCUUAACUUUUCUCUGUCAUAGAUUUCAUGUGGAAUAUUGUAUAUAAUGGAGAACAUUUGAGGCUGUUGCGACAUUGUAGAUGGCUUUGGGUCAGUCAGUAAAAAUGUUUUGACAUCCCAUCUUUUAAUAUGGGCUGUUCACUUAGUGAGAGGCCUGAGAGAAAGACAGCAGUAAACAUUGUUGAUAGGAUGUCAAGUUAUUGACGGCAAUGUUUUAAAUUGUCAUCUGGCAGUGUAAAAUGCAGCAGCAGAUCUUCUACCAUAUUAAGACAGUACAAUUUUUGUGUGUGUUCAGGACAGAAAUAUUAACAGUAUGGGUAUUCAAAUCAAAAUUAUAAUGAAUUCUGUCAAUUUCUUCUCCUAGAUCAAAGACAUUAAUCUGAAAUUAAAAAAACCCAGCUAACCACAACUGUUAGAAUGUACAGGUAUGAACUGAUUAUCAAACUGACGAUAUGCCAACUUUACUAUGUUCUUGUCUGAUAUUACAGCUUCUUGGCUGUGAGGGCACUGCUGUUUUUAAAGUUAUCAGAUGAAGUAUGGGUGUGUUGACAAAGUCAACCCUGCUGUCUGAUAGAUGAACAAUGCAUAUUGAAUGUAUCUGAGUUUUUUACAGAUUAGAUUUGUUUGAUUUAUUACUGCUGGUAUACAUGUAUGUAUAAAAUUUACUUACCAAGGUUUCCUCUCUCCAUAAUGCUGGCCAUCAUGUGAGUGAAAUGUCCUUGAGUACAUUGUAAAACACCAAUCAUAUAUAUAGAACAAAUAUAUUUGAUAAAAGUUAUCAAAAUGCCUGCAACUCUUUCUUCAACUGCAAUCUCAAUGUUUGUGCUUUCUGAAGGAUUAACUUUAAACCUGUAACAGGGAUCUCUGUGGACAAGUGGUAAGCAUGCUAGAGCACAAUGACAGCAGGUUCACACCAACAAGGUCAUUGUGAGUUUGGGGCCUCUGUGGCAGAGACAAUUAACAUGCCAGCAUGGCGCAAUGAUCCAGAAGCCUCUUACCAGUGUGGUCGCUGUGAAUUCAAGUUCAGCUCAUGAUGGCUUCCUCUGUGGCCUUACGUGGGGAAGGUCCCUCAGCAACCUGUGAAAGAUCGAGGGUUUCCCUCGGGUUAUGUUUGGUUUCCUCCCACCAUAAUGCUGGCUGCCAUCGCAUAAGUGAAAUAUGCUUAAGUACAGCAUAAAACGCUAAUCAAAUGAAUAAAUAAAUUGUGAGUUCAAGUCCAGCUCAGAGUGGCUUCUUCUCCGGUUGACAUCAGAAGGUGUGGCAGCAACCUGUGGAUGGUCUUUGGCUUCUCACCAUAAUGCUGGCUAUAGUCAUAUAAGUGAAAUAUUCUUAUGUACAAUGUAAAACACUGUUGAAAUAAAUCUGACUCUUGACCUAUGAGGUUACGCUCUCAAUUUUGGCCUCCGUUGAUUAUAUCAAAGCAUUAUACCGAAGGAAUGGUGUGCAUACCUAUGUGCAUAUGUGGGAAAGUGCAUGUCAGUGGUUGGAUUUUACCGUGGGCAUUCUAGUUUCCUCCUCCCACUGGUGAAAAAUUCUGGAAUGUGGCAUUAAACAAUUGGAUUAAUGCAUAAACUAUGUUUGUGUUUGUUGUGUGCUGGAGAAAGUAUGGAGUAAUGCGUUUCCUGUUAAACCCCCUGGCGGCCUUCCACACACAUGUAUAGACCUAUCUGUCUUUAUAAAAGUCAUACAUUGUUCUUGAGUCUGAAGAAGUGGAUGUAAUUUAACGUCAGGUAACUCACCCUAAAACUGUAUAAAUAUUGAAACGUCAAUUAUGAA